CCCUGGGCGCCGCCAUCUUUGCUCCCGGUCCCCCGGCCCGGCUCCAGCAUGUCCGAGACCUACGAUUUCCUGUUCAAGUUCCUGGUGAUCGGCAGCGCCGGCACGGGCAAGUCCUGCCUGCUGCACCACUUCAUCGAGAGCAAGUCUGAAAUCCAGCGCGAGGCAUUACAGCGCUGGCGCGGUGGUAGCUCGGACAGCGCGGACCUUUUUUUCGGCCAGAAGGACCUGGGAGGGGAGAGUCACCUUCCCUGGAGGCCUUUUUCGCCCAGGAAGCGCCGCCGUGAGACGUACAACGCGCUGGCGCAGUGGCUGACGGACGCGCGGACCUUGGCCAGCCCCAACAUCGUCAUCAUCCUCUGCGGCAACAAGAAGGACCUGGAGGGGGAGAGGGAGGUCACCUUCCUGGAGGCCUCACGGUUCGCCCAGGAGAACGAGCUGAUGUUCCUGGAGACGAGCGCGCUGACGGGAGAGAACGUGGAGGAGGCGUUCCUCAAGUGCGCCAGGAGCAUCCUCAACAAGAUCGACUCUGGGGAGCUGGAUCCCGAGCGGAUGGGAUCGGGGAUCCAGUACGGGGACGCGUCGCUCCGGCAGCUCCGGCAGCCCCGGGGGGCUCCGGCCCCCACCCGGCAGAGCUGCGGCUGCUGAGACCCCCAAAAUAUCCCCAAAA